UGCACGAUCAGCUCGUUGAGAUCAAACCAGUGAUCAUAACUUCUUAAUUGAGAUGCAUGAGCUCGUUGGCGGCCAUCAGUUCGCCGCUGACACACGUCAAAUUUUCGUGCGAGCUUUUUGUUGCAAUUUGUGAUAACCUAAGCGCUUUGAGACCUUAACCUCCCGAGACCCGGUUAGGGGGAUGUGUCCAAUAUAUUGAACACUACUCUACUACUCCUAUUCGAAGGCAUGCAUCCUCAUGGAGCCCCGCUGCCCAAUGUGUGGCACACCUGCUGGCGCCAUCUAUUUCGCAUUGAUGAGAACACAUUGGUCAAAUUCCCACAAAACAGUUUCAGAAUAGCGGCAUUCAACGUCGCAACGUUUUGUGGCACCUGCUGGAGAACUCGGCCUUUCAACAUGGGCUGUACCAUCAGUCUGCUAUACCUGGUUGAUCUGGUGCAGGUCAACCUGGAGACUCACAAAUGGAGUCGGUGGCUUCCAAAGGGCAGAUCGGUGCGGUGAAUAUUACGCUCCUGCACCCGGCGCCUUUCUUCAUCUUCAGGGACUCUGAAAAGUUGACGUGGCGCAGAAGAAAAUCCACAUAGACUUUUCGUAGUGGCUCUGUGACUACGGUGUUCUGCAUCGGAGCACGAGGUCACGGGUUCGAUUCUCGACUGCAUUCCGAUGGGGCCAAAUGCAGAAACGGCCUGUUCUACGGGAGCGCUCUUCUCACGUGGUGUUCUAAACGCAGACGCCGACCUACUAUACCACCAUGAACUUCCUGCCCCUACUGAUGACUAUGUACGGAAUGAGUCACCCGGAAGGACACGACUCCGGGGUGACGGCCCGCAGAACCAUGCUGAGGUCGGCGCCGCACCACCACGAACUGGGAUCGAACUCGGUGCUGGACGACCCGGGGUACAUGCACGGCGAGCUGACCAAGGAAGACUUCGCCGACAUCGCGCUGUCGGUGAAGCGUCACGAGCACCUGGCGGAGCUCCACUUGGUCAUCUUCGAAGUGGCGAGGCCGCUCUCCUUUCCGCAGCUGCCUGGACAAUUCGACAUGUCCGGAAACCUGAGACACUUCGUGCCCCAGAGUCCGGACAAGGUGAAGCCCCAGUUCUUGCUGUAUUCGAACAAGGCCUCGCAUCCCGGCAAGUUCGUCUUCGAGACGGGCUUGGAUCCGGAAGGCUUCAAGAAGAUGGCGCCACUGAUUGAUCCCGGACAGAAGUUUUACAUCAUCGUGCACGGCUUUCUGAGCAGCGCCAAGACGGAGUGGAUGCAGGACAUGAAGGAACAGAUACUGGACAAGGAGAACGCGUCCGUGGUCCUUGUGGACUGGAGCCACGGUUGCGGCUCCAUUCUGGGCUACAGCACGGCGGCGGCUAACACCCGCGUAGUGGCCCGUUCGCUGGCGCUGCUGGUCAAGACGCUGGCGGACGCCGGCGCGGUGAAGCCCGAGCACGUCCACUACAUCGGCCACAGCCUAGGCGCCCAGACGGGAGGCUUCUUCGGCAAGGACGUCAAGCAGCUCACGGGAAAAGUCGUCGGACGCAUCACCGGUCUCGACCCCGCGGGACCGCUAUUCGAGUCAUACGGCGUCCAUCUGACAAAAGACGACGCCGUCUUCGUGGAUGUGCUGCACACGAGCAUCGGCAGCGGGUGGACGGACAUAGUCCAGGGCCGGCUCGGAAUGAGCACCAGUUGCGGUCACGUGGACUUCUACCCCAACGGCGGCAGGGAGCAACCGGGCUGCUGGAGAUUUACCUCCUGCUCGCACUCGAAGUCGACCGAGUUCUACGCCGAGUCGGUGCGCAAGUGCGACUUCCCGACUCGCUUGUGCAAGAGCUACGAAGAGUUCGUGGACGGGAAGUGCGUGCCCAGCUGCGAGGACGGCCGCACCUGCGGUCACAUGGGCCAUCCGGCCAGACUGCCGCAGGCCGGCGACCACUUCACGAAGACCACCAAGGAGCAGUGCCCGCCCAGGGGCAUCGGCUUCAACCUGCAAGUUGCUACCGUGCUUCGGAGAAUGGACCCGGACGAGAUGCUGCUGAAUUCGCUGGGACGUUCGGCGCAGAUCCUGCUCAAACAUGCCACGCCCGAAGAACGCCGGGAACUCCUGGACGCGCUCAGGAAGGAGCUGGACGAGCGAACCAGUCACGGGUCCGCGCGAAAUUAAUGAGCGACCGUUGGACUGACCACUGGACUCUAGCGCUGGUCUUAGCAUGGGCUUACAUUGUGUUCUACUGUUGGCUAUACUGUUGUGUGAACAUUACCGCGCGUUUGUGCUUUAUAAAGUAAGGAAGUUGGGGAAUUCGAUGCAAAAGUUAAUCCCGAAAUGCCGCACCUGGCGCCAUCGGCGUUACCAUGACGCCACGACAGAUGAGCAUUUGGCGUCGUUUUGUAGCAAUAAUGCUAUAUGUUGAGCCAUGAAAUUCCACAGAAAUUUAUCACGAGGACACAAAGCGCUGCCCUGUGUAUAGUUCAAUAGACAUGGCUUCAUUUUCGAAUUAUGUAAACGUUUUCUGUAUUUGUAUAUACAUUUCCGUUUUCGCCGCUUCACUCGACGACACGGGGUAAAACAGGCGGGGUGCAGUGGAGACUAACAGUUGCCGUUCAUCCACCCGUUGAUCUCUUUCCAACAAGGGACUACACAUUUAGCCGCUGAUAUUUGCACACGACACGCAUACUCCUGCAGU